CCCAAUAUCCGUGGCAAGACAAGGAUUGAAAAGAGAUUACGGUAAUCCAUCUUGUCAAAGUAAGCUUCGAAAAAAACCAGCCCACUAGGCUAAUGGGAAGGGAUCGGCGGCACGCGCAGCCUCCGGACCAUCCCACCCCACGCUUUCUCGAGCGAUGUCGUUAUUUUCGGACAUAUGUCGAAUAGCCGGGGUCGAGACUACCGGUGAGCUCGAUUCAAAGCCAACGACGGUCGAUCACUUUCAGCUCAUUCGCUGCGGGCUUCGUGACGGGACAGAUGCUGGAGAGGUGUUUGCCCGUAGUCCUGGCCCCAGGUCCAUAGAACGACCGGAUGGUGAGAGCACCGCCGGACAGUCAAUGUCGUCAUUGGAAACCGUUGCUUCCGCAGGUGCAACCUCGACGUUGCUGGUCAUCAUUUCGAAGGGGACACCGAAGGAGAUUUCGCCAUCGCCAGAGAAGUUGAGGGGCUGAUGGCGAACGCGCGAGGAAAGCCGUCAACCUGCGUCUGACAAGAAGUAUAAAAUCAUGUUCGAAGACGUACGUUGGUCACCCCUUUGUCUCUGCUGUGGGCAUCUCACACUCUUCGUCUCUACUCAUUAUCGACUGCAACCAUGAGACCCCUUCAGGCUUCAGUCCUCGGCCUCUUUGUCUCUGUAGCCGGCACAACCGCCGUGCCCCAGAAUGUGAGGAGAGACGCCCAGUUCAACAUCGGCCAACCCAUCGACGCCAACGGCAAGGGAGGUCCAAUCCUCGGCGGCACCAACAAUCAGGUCGACAGGGACAACCCCGACAACCUCGGCCAGCAGCCGACCGACAACGGCGUUGUGCCAAACUUGAAAUGGAGGUUCUCGGACUCCAAGACCCGCAUCCUCAACGGGGGCUGGGUGCGCGAGCAGGUCAUCCAGGACCUGCCCCAGAGCCACGACAUCGCGGCCGCCCAGCAACAUCUCAAGAAGGGCGCCAUUCGAGAGCUACACUGGCACAAAGUCGCCGAAUGGGGUAUUGUAUAUUCCGGGAGCGUUAUCAUCGGGGCGGUCGGUGAGGACGGCAAGAGCCAGGUCGAAAAGCUCAACUACGGUGACAUCUGGUACUUCCCCAAGGGGGCCGCUCACUACAUCCAGGGAGUCGACGACGAGAACGAGUAUCUCCUCGCCUUUGACGAGGCCGACUUCGACAAGAUCGGUACCACCUUCAACAUUGUCGACUGGCUGGCCCGCACCCCGAGAGACAUCCUGGCCAGGAACUUUGGAGUCGACCGCUCCGUUUUUGACAAGCUGCCGACCACGAACCCGUACAUUCUCAAUGGGACGGUGGCUACCACCAACGUGACAGUCAGUCCGGACCAGUACCUCUCGGGCAACAGCUCGUUCGUGUAUCGCACAUUCGAGCACCCGCCCGAGGUGGUCCCCGGCAACGGCGGCGAGUUCAGAAAGAUCGAUUCGACCAACUUCCCGAUCAGCAAGACGAUUGCAGCCACGUUUGUCACGCUAAAGCCUGGGGGCCUACGAGAGCUGCACUGGCAUCCCAAUGCUGAGGAGUGGCUCUACUUUCACAAGGGGACGGCCAGGGCGACUGUCUUCAUCGGAAGCUCGGCGGCGAGGACCUUUGACUUAGCGGCGGGCGACACCUUCGUCGCUCCGGAUAACUCGGCGUUCGUAUUCACGCAGUGUGCACUACAACGAACCAUUUGUUCUAAUUUGUUGCGCAGGCAUUACAUCGAGAAUACCUCCGACACGGAGGACCUGGUAUGGAUAGAACUGUACAAGUCGGACAGGGUAGUAGACAUUUCUCUGGCCCAAUGGCUAGCUCUCACACCGCCUGAAGUUGUAGCGCAGACGCUCAAGGUCCCGGUCGAGUUUGUCGGGCAGUUGAAGAAGGAGAAGCAGAUAUUGAUCUAG